CCCGGGAACUCCUCAUCAUCAUGAUAUAAUUGUCCCCUUUAGCCUAACAAACAUUCAAAAUCCUUCUUCUUCCCUACGCAAAACAAAUUGUAAAACCCUGAUCCAGAAAUCGAUUUUAGAGAGAGAACAGAUCGUAGAAGAAAACAGGUGAUCAGAAUGAAGCGGAUGAUACCUUUCUCUGUGGCGUCGCUGUGUUUUGUGGCGCUUGUGCUGUCUUCUUUCCGUGAAUUAGGGUUCUGUAAAGAUGAGGACUUUCUGAGGAUGAGAACCCAAACUACUGCAGGCGGAAUUCAAGAUCUUAAGGGUUAUCAGAACAACGCCGAGAUCGAGAGUAUGGGUCGUUUUGCUGUUGAAGAACACAACAAGAAAGAGAAUGGUGUUCUUGUGUUUGCAAGAGUUGUUGGUGCAAAAGAACAGGUUGUUGCUGGUAAACUGUAUCAUCUGACUUUGGAGGCAGUUGAUGCAGGGCAGAGAAAGAUAUACGAGGCAAAAGUUUUUGUGAAGCCAUGGAUGAAUUUCAAGCAGUUGCAGGAGUUCAAGAACAUACACGAUACCUCCUCGUCGUCUGACCUUAUUGUGAAACAAGAUGGUUCAGAACAAGGAUGGAAAUCAAUGAGAACGUCUGAUCCAGUGGUCCUAAAUGCAGCCAAGCAGGCUGUUAAAGCUAUCCAACAGAGAUCGAAUUCGCUGUUUCCUUAUGAUCUUGUAGAGAUUCUUCUAGCCAAGUCUAAGGUGAUUAGAGAAGGAUCAACCGGAUUUUCUUUGGUGCUGAGUGUGAGAAGAGGAACAAAAGUGGAGAAGAUGGGAGUGGUGGUUGUAAACAAGGAUGAUGAUGUUCAAUUUGGAAAGUUUUACUUGAACCAGAUAUACCAAGUUAAAGAAUGAAGAGAUCUAUCCUAGUACUUAUUUACCUUGUAAAUAAAAUAUACAAGAUCUAUCUAGCUUGAAAUAUCAGUGUUACAAGAAUUUCAUAUAGUGUGGGUUUUUAUAUCAAUGAAUAUUGUGAGUACAUGACUCUUUAUACAUGACUUCUUAUUUUUUA